AUGUCCUGGCUACUCGCCAUGUCCGCCGCCAGACUCGUCUUGGUCCGAUGCAUAGCCCUGUACGUCGAAUCCGGCUGGAGGGCAAAGUACGAGUCUGAGCUCGACGAUGCUGCUGUACGUCGAUUGCAGCCCUGGUGGGCUUCUUAUCGCGAAAGUCGAGUCGUGUACCUAGCAAGGCCGUCUUCCGAAGCGACCCCCGCCUGCGUCGUGUUCUUCGGUGUUGUAGCGCACUCGACAUGGCCCGUCCUCCGCGCAAACCGGCGCCAAAAUCACCGCCAUCAUCUCUGCCAAUUCCCGAGUGUCCCCUGUCCGGUGGAACUAACAACGCCCGUGGUAAAGAGCGGGAAGCUGGGUACAGCGGGCAUGCACCAUCCAAAAAACGCCAGAGGCAUCAUGAGUUGUAAGCACGGCAUCGCUAGAGGCCAAAAAGAAGACACUUUGAGUUUGUUGGCCAAGGCAUUUGUCGCAGUCCAGAAAAGCCAUUGA